AUGGGACUCUUUAACAGGUUCCGACCGAAUGCCAGGAGCUUGGAUGACUCUACCGUCCACUCUUCAGAUGCGGAUGCGUCCGUGGCCAUGGGCUCUGUCACACAUGAGACCAAGGGCGUCGAGAGCGGACUGCCCAAGAGCGAACUUCAAUCCAGCGUAACCGACCCGGAAGAAGCCCUGCCUGCUGAAGACGCACAGCGUGGUAUCCAGGCUGUGGAAGCCACUACGCUGGUCUGGUCGAAGAAGUCACUUGUCGCCGUCUUCUGCUGCAUGUGGCUCGUCUAUUUGCUCAACGCAUUCCAGAGCUCUACGAUUGGCAACUUUGCACCCUACGUCACCAGCGCCUGGGAGUCACACUCCCUCUUAACCGUCAUCAGCGUGGUUGCAAGCUCAAUGACUGCCGCCGUCUUUAUUCCGCUUGCCAAAGCCCUUGAUGUUUGGGGUCGAGCCGAGGGUUAUCUCAUCAUGGUCGCAUUCGCCGAGCUAGGCCUAAUUCUCAUGGCCGUCAGCAAGAAUCUCGCUACUUAUUGUGCUGCGAAUGUCUUUUACAGCGUCGGUUUCACAGGUCUCAUCUACAGCAUUGACGUCGUCACGGCCGAUACCACCCAGCUAAAGAAUCGAGCGCUGGCGUAUGCAUUCACCUCGUCUCCCUACAUGAUCUCGGCCUUCGCAGGAUCGUAUGCUUCGGACAAAAUGCUCUACGACAUCGGCUGGUCCUGGGGUUAUGCUACCUAUGCCUUCAUCAUGCCCUUUAUCUGUCUUCCGCUGUACAUACUGCUGAAACUGAAUCUCCGCAAAGCCAAAAAGCAGGGGCUCUUGCAGAGGACGCCGAGCGGCAGGACUCUGACGCAGAGCGUUUGGUACUACCUGAUCGAGUUUGAUGUCCUUGGAAUCUCCCUAUUUGCCGCCGGCCUGAUCAUCUUCCUUCUCCCUUUCAACAUUGCCUCAAUCGCCCCCAAUGGCUGGGCCACAGGUUACAUCAUCGCCAUGAUCAUUGUUGGGUUCAUACUACUGGUCGCAUUCGCUCUGAACGAGCUCUAUCUCGCCCCAGUGCCAUUCUUGAAGUUCAGCUCCUUGACCGACCGAACUCUUGUCGGUGCCUGUCUCUUGGAUUUCACCUAUCAGAUUUCCUACUACUGCUGGGACAGCUAUUUUACCUCCUUCCUCCAGGUUGUCAACUACCUUACUGUCGCCGAGGCCGGUUACGUCAACAACACUUUCAGCGUGGUUUCUGGCUUCCUCCUUUUCGCGGUUGGCUAUGGCAUUCGCAAGACUGGAUAUUUCAAGUGGCUUCUGUGGAUCGCCGUCCCACUGUACAUUUUCGCCCAGGGACUAAUGAUCUACUUCCGCACACCUACCGGUUAUGUCGGCUACCUCGUCAUGACCCAGAUCUUCAUCUCAAUCGGUGGCAGUGUUUUUAUCAUCUGCUGCCAGGUCGCUGUGCUUGCAGCCGUCGAUCAUCAAUUUGUCGCUGCUGCCCUCGCGAUGCUGAAUGUCACUGGCACGGUCGGCGGCUCCAUCGGUUAUACUAUUUCUGGGUCUAUCUGGACCAACGUUUUCUACAAAGCUUUGGUCGAAUAUCUUCCAGAGUCCGCGCAGUCUAGUGUGGAAGAUAUCUAUGACGAUAUUAACGUCCAGCUCAGCUAUGCUAAGGGAACACCUGAACGUCUUGCCAUUCAGAAGGCGUAUGGCUACGCUCAAACCCGUAUGCUUGCUGCUGGAACUGCCAUCAUGGCGUUGUCGUUCAUCUGGGUUUUUAUGAUGAGGAAUGUCAAUGUGGCGAAGCUGAAACAGACAAAGGGCAACGUCUUCUAG